AAAACCGAAGUAUUUGUUUCUCGUAUAUUUCGAUACAAAAUGUCGGGAAUCGUGGUGAUUUUUGAUUUCGAUAAGACGAUUAUCGAUAUCGAUAGUGAUAACUGGGUUGUCGAUGAACUAGGUGCAACUGAUUUGUUCAACCAACUUCUUGCCACCAUGCCUUGGAACUCCGUUAUGGACAAGAUGAUGAUGGAACUACAUUUGAGAGGAAAGAGCGUCGAGAAUAUCGAGGAAGUAUUGAAACGUAUCCCGAUACAUCCUCGGGUUGUUCCAACCAUUAAAGCCGUGCAUGCUUUAGGAUGUGAUUUGAGGGUAUUAAGCGAUGCGAAUUUAUUCUACAUAGAGACGAUAUUGAAGCAUCUCGGGAUCCGAGAUUGUUUCUCUGAGAUUAAUACGAACCCAGGAUUCGUCAACGAGGAAGGCACGUUACGAAUCGAGCCGUUCCAUGAUUUCCACACCUUCUCUCAUGGUUGCACCCUUUGCCCUCCCAACAUGUGCAAGGGUAAAAUAAUAGAAAGAAUUCAAGCCACGUUAGAGGAAGAAGGAAAGAAAACAAUCAUAUAUUUGGGAGAUGGGGCCGGAGAUUUCUGUCCGAGCCUAAAGCUUGUAGAAACAGAUUAUAUGAUGCCCAGAAAAGAUUUUCCUGUAUGGGAUCUGAUAUGCAAAAACCGUCACCUUCUUAAAGCUGAGGUCCAUGAAUGGACUGAUGGGGAAGACCUCGAGCGAGUCCUCCUCCAACUCAUCACAACAGUAGUCUCGAUGGAAGAUAUGAAAAACAACAUCGACAACGAAAAUCAGUUGUUUGAUUGCAAGUUUGAGAAAAUUGCUCAUGAAACGCUGUCCAAACCUCUUUAUGUUCCUUAG